CAGUUAUGGACACUGAUAGGUGGCACUGAUGGGCAUUGACAGGCAUCACUGAGGGCACUGAAAGGCAGCACUGAUAUAUGACACUGGUAGGUGGCACUGACUGGCACUGAUGGGUGACACUGAAAGGCCGCUCAGAUGGCAUUGAUAUGUGGCAUUGAUGUGGCACUGAAGGGCACUGGCAGGUGGCAUGGAUGAGCACUGAGAGCUGGCACUGAUGGACACUGACAGGUGGCACUGCUGGGGCUACACAGAUCAUCAGGGCACACUGAUCAUCAGUGCUCUGAUGAUCAGUGAACAUGUCCCCUCCGAGGGAUGCCAAUUACCGGCUCUCCUCUCCUCUGUCAGCAGGGGACAUGUACAGUGCGCCCUGAUGAUCAGUGUA